GUAUGUACCAAAUGAGUUGCGUGGAGGGAUGAUGAGCCUUUCUCUAGCCCCUGCAAAUGCAGCAAUUCUAUUUGUCCUAUUACAGGUUUCAGUACAUGGCUAUAUCGGAUGAAAGGAAAAGGAUCAUGCCAACGCCACAGGACCGUGAAGCUAGCCUAGUCCUUGACUACCCUGAAGCUGUUUUGUUGACAAAUCCAAGCAAUCCAGAGCUCACUGGGGAGGUGGAUGAUAAGUACCAAUAUUCAUGUGAUGACAAAGACAAUCGGGUUCAUGGGUGGAUAUGCUCCAACCCGACUGUUGGAUUCUGGAUGAUCACACCCAGCAUUGAGUUCCGUACAGGUGGCCCUGUCAAGCAAGAUCUCACCUCGCAUGUUGGCCCAACCACCUUAUCUGUAAGUAUCCGAUAUUAUUCCCUUUGCACAAUCCUUUGCUAUUAAUCACUCAGAUAUCAUGCUUUGCAAGAGAGCACACUUUCAAAUGGCAUCAAUUUUACUCGCUGGCCCAACACAGUGGCCCAUUUACAAAAUGAAUUUCAUGACAAGAACAAAAAAAAAACCGAAAAAAGUAAUAUAUGUAGAUGCAAAUUCUUGACCAAUUCCCACUUCCCAAAUGAAGCCUAAAAGAACAAAUAUUGUUUUGUAUUAUGAUGAUGACAUCCAUAGG